GCUACGAUCCAGCAAAACUGAUACACAGGGGAGAAGAGAAACAUGACUUCCAAAAACGACUACGUUUCGUACGGUCCUAUCCCCUCGAAUCCUUACCCCGCCAUCCCCCAAAACGUCGUCGUUCUCCCAUAUUACCGCCCUCCUCCGCGUAACCGGACUAACCACCUUCUCCGCCAAUGUCUCUGCUACGCCGCCGCGUUCCUCUUUUUUUCCGCCGUCGUCUACUUCUUCUACCCCUCCGAUCCAAAGCUCCAACUCGCCCGAGUCCACCUUAAUCGCGUCCGAGUCAACUCGUCCCCUUAUCUCACUCUCGAUCUCUCGUUUUCACUCACAGUGAAGGUCUACAAUAGGGAUUUCUUCUCCCUCAAUUAUGACUCUCUCGUGGUCUCCGUAGGUUACCGAGGGAGAGUGCUAGGCUUUGUGAAGUCGGCAGGUGGGCGAAUUAGGGCUAGAGGAUCAUCGUACGUGAACGCCACGCUUGAUCUCAACGGAUUCGAGGUCAUUCAAGACGUGUUUUACUUGAUCGAAGAUUUGGCGAGAGGUGUCAUCCCCUUCGAUACUGUUACCGAGGUCGAUGGAAAUCUUGGGCUUUUUUUCUUCAACAUUCCUUUGAAGGCUCGAGUAUCUUGCGAAGUCUUUGUAAAUACUAGCAACCAAACUGUAGUUCGUCAAGAUUGCUACCCUGAGUGAUGAUUUAGAGAAACCAAUAACUUCAAUGGAACAUCUUAAAUACAAGUUGGACGCACAGCUUAUAGAGUCUGGAGGUGACUGCUGUAUGCAUAUGAUGGCUACAGUUAGUCCAAGGGCUAUUCUUCAACUAGUCAGUUUGUUAGAUUGAUCAUUUAUACCACAAAUUCAGAAGUAAAGAAGGGUUUUAUUAUUAAUAUUUGUUUCAGUUGUAAAUUUGUUUUCUUCUGAAUUAUUGCGCAUUAAAUCGGUGAUAUUUCUAACUACACAAAGUUUAUCUCUGCCCUGUACCUAAACAGUUUGUUAAAAUUUCUAUAAGAUAAAGUAAAUGCUUGUUAAUACAAA